UUAAUAAAAAAAAAACAAUAAUAUUGUGAUAAAUAAUUUUUGGUGGUCUUAAGAAAAUGUAUAAUAAUUAUUAAUAUUAUCAUAACAAAAUAAAAAUUGAUGGUCUAAAAUAUUUGGUGGUCCCAUUUUUUUAACCUUAAUCGCUUAUCCUCUAGAUCGAGUCUCAUGACUCAUCUUAGCUAAAGUCAUGAAUGAUACCAUAGUAUUAAAAAUAUAAAGAAAGUUUGGCUUUAACGUCAAGGAAUCUACAAAAGUGUGUGAAUUUGAUUUGCUCCGUAACUCCUGUUAACCUAAUCAAUUGAAAAUUAAUUAGCAUGGUUAAGAAAAUCAUUCAAAGAAAACAAAAUCAAAAUGUUGGGGGCACUUAGAAGAAGAAGUGGACUAAUGGAUUAGAUAUGUAUCCACCUUUGCAUCUCCAUCAUCCUCAUCAUCAUCAUCAUCAUCAUCAUCAAUUCAACAGCAUCAUCAUUAUCAUCAUCAGCUACCUUUCUACUUUGUCCGUUUCACAACUGACUUAUCUUCUCUCUCUCUCUUCCAUGUGAUAUACACUAAGCUUGGCUCCUUCUGCCUUUAGCUGUUCCUGUCUAAACGUCCGUACGUCCAAGUUUCUUCUGUUUUCAUUCUUUCUCAGGAUGCUUUUGUGCUCUCUUGUCACUUGUCAAACACACCUAUAAGAUCUUUGUCUAAUUCCAAAGAAGAUGGAAGCAUCCAAAAGUAAUUUUCUUGUAGAGGUGAACAACAUUGAGAAGCAGCUAUGGACAUUAAUCCACACAAAGGGUAUACUGCAUCCAGAUGUUUCAGAGCUAUACACAAAAGCAGGUUCGACCUACGAGCAAAUCUUCAAAACCAAUCUCCAGCAAGAAGAGCUUCAAGAAGUAGAGUUCUGUCUCUGGAAGCUUCACUAUAAACACAUCGACGAGUUUCGCAAAGGCCUCAAAGCAGAUGAUCCUUCCAAGUCAAACACUCAUAUGAAAGCAUUCAAGCUGUUUCUGUUGAGAGCUGCAGAGUUUUACAGGAAUCUGAUUUCUAAAGUCAGAGGAUAUUACUACAAGGGGCUCUCUGAGGAAUCUGGAGGCAAAAGCAGAUUCUUAUGCCAUCGUUUCUAUAUCUGUCUUGGAGAUCUAGAAAGGUAUAGAGAACAGUAUCUGAAAACACAUGGACAUUGUGAUUGGUCAACUUCAGCUACUUACUAUCUUGAAGCUGCAAAGUCUUGGCCUGAUAGUGGCAAUCCUCAUAACCAGCUAGCUGUAUUGGCCACUUAUGUUGGUGAUGAGUUCUUGGCUCUGUACCACUGUGUGAGAAGCUUAGCUGUGAAAGAACCUUUUCCUGGUGCUUCUAACAAUCUUCUUUUGUUGUUUGAGAAGAACAGGUCUUCUCAUUUGCAGUCUCUAUCUACUGAUGCAGAGUUUAACUUCUUAAACCCAUCAGAGAGAAAUGUCACUGUGAAAGCAAAAGGAGAAUUAAAGACUGGAAGUGAUUUAUGGACACUGGUUGUUAGAACAAUUAGCUUCUUCUUCCUUAAAUCCAGUUUGGAUGAGUUUGGUUGCACAUUUGCAUCAACUAUAAGAGAAUUGGAUGCAGCAUUUGCAGUGGAUGAUAGAAACCUAGAAGCCAUGUUGGAGUCUUAUCAAGUUAUGGACCCCGCGAGAAAGGGACCUUAUAGAAUCAUCCAACUUGUUGCGGUUUUCGUCUUCAUCUUCCACAACUUAGCCGAGUUUAAUGCACCAGACAACGUGAAAGAGGAAGCAAAGCUUACAAACUUAGCAUUAACAAUGGUGUUCAUCGUCAUGGGGCGAGUUGUUGAGAGGUGUUUGAAGACUAGUCCCUUGGAUUCUUGCCCUCUCCUACCUGCUCUACUUGUAUUUCUUGACUACUUACCGUUUCUACUUCACAAGGAAGAAGAAUGCAGGCUUGAUGAGAAGAGCGAGAUUGCGAUAUCUUACUUCUUUAGCAAACUUGUUGAUUUCUUGAACCGCUUAAAGGUGAAAGGACAAAACUGUUCUGCUAAGGUGAUGGUAGCUUUUUGGGAGGAUCAUGAACUAAGGUCCUUGGCUCCUCUGGCUCCUGUGCAUUUACUUCUAGAUUUCACAAGUCAUAUGGAACUAAGAGAGAGUUUUGAGAGAGGCAAAGAACUUCGUCUUCAACGGAUUAUCAAUUCCGCUAUUGAGAUCACAAGUAAGCAGAAGUGGUUAUUCUUUGACAAGCAAGGGGCUCGUUUCUACACAGCUUCAGGUGAAAGACAACGCAAAGAAGAGCUCUUUCACAGAAAACGUGUUACUAUAGGAAACGUUGAGAUCAUCCCUUGUGUGAGUGAAAGAGCUGUGCCUGCAGAAGAGGAAGAAGUCAUUCUUCUCAAGCCGCUCGUAAGGUGUCAAUCAGCUCCAAUCUCUUCUUCUAGCAUUGCAACGAAGCCACUCUGCUCUGAUAACACAAGUUCAGGAAACCAAACAAUAACUUCAUCUGAUGAAAGCCUAAGACGUACCUCAUCAGUCAUUGUGAGCCAUAGCGCACAGGAUACUAACUCUGGAAGCUUCAGCUUCACGCAAGGUCUUAAGAAUACAGAUCAGCAUCUAGAAGAAGAGAUAGUCUCAGAAAGACCUCCAUCACUGAGCGCUUGGGUAGUUGACAAGAGUAAAGAGAAAAGCAAGCCGAAUGGUUUGAGCCCUAUUGAUGAAACAGGUCCUGUGACAUCCUUUGAUAGUCUCUCAGUUAGUAGCACUACAGAGCAUCCUGCUUCUUCUUAUUCACCUCCUACUCCGUCUGCUCCAUUACUGCCUGAAGACGCUUCUUGGUUUCACAAUGGUGUUAAUGUGAACAAAGCAGAGCAGACAAGAUAUAUGGAACCCACUGCUUUCAUGAAGUCAUACACAAACCCGCCAUUUGUUGGUAUUUCUUCUUCUGAAUGGUUACGUAGAUACAGAGAAAGUCAGAAUCCUGGACCAGCCUAUUCUUACCAGGCUCAGGGGACAAACAAUUUGAGAAACUUCCUGGCUCAUGGAUCACCCAAGUUCAGUCUCUUAGCUAGGUACGGGACACCAAAUGAUCAAUCAAUGGUGUCUUCAGAAAACUCAAUGUUUUAUCCUCAGCUCCACAUGGAAGAAGCCCAUGAACCUAGAGGACAAAAGUUGUGCAAGGGUCAACAAAGCACAAAGGAGGCUUACGGCUUCAGUGAUGACCCUGGACCGUUUCUUCGGUACUUGAGAGAGAAAGAGCUCAAAGAGAAUGGUCAGAGGUUAAGAGAACCUUCUCCUGCAUACAUGAACAACUAGAGAUGCACAAGUGAGUAAAGGAAACUGUCCCAAUUUGGCAAGUUGUAAACUACCUUUAGUCAUCGUCUUGUUUCCUUGUAUUUGUUGCUCAAUUUUGCAAGAGAAUGUUUUCUCGAGUUGUAACAAACAUAUCAAGAAAAAGUUUGGUUGUAGAUAAACAAACAAAGUAAACUUCAAAAGUUUUGUAA